AUGAGUCUUUUGCGAUCCAGCAUCUGCCGGGCGUGUCGGCGCUCGGGGCAGCUCCGCUGGCACAGGGGCUUUGCGACAGCCAACGCGGGCACCUCAUACGACAACCGUGUCAAGCUGGUCGAGGUUGGGCCUCGCGAUGGCCUGCAGAACGAGAAGAAGACGAUUCCCCUGGCGACAAAGAUCGAGCUGAUCGAGAGACUGGCUCGGACUGGAGUUUCAACCAUUGAGGCCGGCUCUUUUGUUGCUCCCAAAUGGGUUCCCCAGAUGGCCAAUUCUAGCGAGAUUCUCGAGCAUCUUCUUAACCAAAAGAUUUCGUCACCGGUCCCGAUCUCAUAUUCUUUUCUCGCUCCCAAUGCCAAGGGUCUGCAGAAUGCUGCAAAGAUUCUGGGUGAUAACCCCGGCAAGUUUGCAACACAGCAGGAGCCCGCUACCGGAGCCGAGCAGGCCACGCAGCCGUCGGUUGAAGUGGCGGUCUUUGCGGCUGCUACCGAGAGCUUUUCUCAGAAGAACCUCAACUGUGAUAUCCAGACCUCCCUGGAUCGUUUCAGGGAGGUGAUCCAAGAGUCCAAGGCCUUGGGCCUCCGUGUCCGAGCCUACAUCUCUGUCGUCCUGGGCUGCCCCUUUGAGGGCUUUGACGUCGACCCUCACAAGGUGGCUGAGAUUGCGACGGAUCUGCUGGAGUCGGGAGCGGACGAGAUCUCCCUUGGAGAUACUACGGGCAUGGGUACGGCACCGCGGACAGGUGCGCUGCUCAAGUGCAUGUCUGCUGCCGGCAUCCGAUCUGAGGACAUUGCGAUGCACUUUCACGAUACGUACGGCCAGGCUCUGGUAAACACUGCCGUCUCUCUUGAGCACGGCAUCCGCACGUUCGACAGCAGUGUCGGCGGGCUGGGCGGAUGCCCUUAUAGCCCCGGGGCCACGGGUAACGUUGCGACGGAGAACAUGGUCUACUUCAUGGAGACUCUGGGCAUGAACACGGGCAUCAACUUGGAUGCCAUGGCAGAUAUCGGAUCAUGGAUCACGUCGGAACUGGGCAAGGAGAAUGCGAGCACGGUAGGCAAGGCAGUACUUGGAGCUCGAGCUCGAGCUACAGCCGAGGCAGCUCAAGCAGCGUAG